GGGCCUGUGAUCAUCAGGAAAUGGGAGCAGGAGUUGGGGGGAUGGGGGCUGUGUUCACCAGGAAAGAUCCCAUGUUUGAUCUGCCUGCUUCUCCCUUCCAUCCUGGCUGCCUUCACUGCCCUAUAACAGGUGACAAGAGCAGAAGGUAAACAAGGAUAAGAGGGAAAGCUGGUCAUGGUGGAGAUGGAGGCCCCAGGAGCAGGAGGACCACAGAGGAGCCCAGUGGACCUGUUAGGAACACCAAGGGUCCUUGUCCCUCUAGGCAGCCAAGAGGAACAUCUGGGAUAGGGGCUGGGGUAGAGAAGCAGCUGCCAGAGAGGAACAUCAGAGGGAGAAAGGAGCGGCUGGAGGGGAGGAACAACUGGAGGAGACGAGUAGCUUGUGGGGGUGGGGGAGCCUCUGAGAGAGAGGAACAGCUGGGGAAGGUGCCUGGCAGCACAGAAGGAAAUUGUGAGGAUCCCACUAGCCUUGUCCAAUCACCCCUUCUUAGACAGUGAGCAGCUUCCCUGGGAUUGAACCUGGAGGACUUGCCGUGACCAGUGGAGAUCACUGGUUGCCUACACCAGGUCCCUGGUGCCUGGCCAUGGAUCAGUACCUGUCCAUGGCCUGUUUGAAGCUGGGCCACACAGCAGGAGGCAAGUAGCGGGCGAGGGAGUGAAGCUUCCUGUGUAUUUAUAGCCACUCCCCUUGAUGGGACACAGAGCCAGACCCUAUCUCCAAAAACAGAAAGAAAAUCUGUCUCCAUUAAACAGUAGCUCCCAUUCCCUCUCCUGGCAGCCCCUGGCAGCCACCAUUCUUCUUUGUUCCCGGGUUUGCCGACUAUAGAUCCUGAAUAUAUAUGUGAAAUCAUGCGGGGUUUGUCCUUCUGUGACCGGCUUAUUUCACCCAGCCUAAUGUCUUCGGGGAUCCUGCUGUCGUAGCGUGUGUCCGAAUGUCCCUCCUGGUUACAACUGGAUCAUAUUCUAUUACGUGAAUAUUCCGUGUUUUGUGUAGCCACUCAUCCGUUGAUGGACGCCAGUUACCUCCACUGUGCGGCUACCUGGAUUGUGCUGCAGUGAGCUGGGCAUGCGCUUCUGUUCCAGUUCCUGCUUUCAGUACUGCUGGACGUUUCCUGGGUGCAGCUUUCAGGUCUCUGGAGGAGCCCGGUCACGGGGUCCCUCUGCUGUUGGAGAACUCAUGGUUUAUACUCACUGUUGCUGCAGUGUGGCCUCACAGCCAUGUACAGAAUUCUGAGUUCGAAGCUGGGUGCCCACUCCCUCACUCUCUGAUUCUGAAGGGGGAAGAGAAUUCGCCUGUGCUGAGUGUUCAUCCCACGCUAGGUGCAGGGAUGUGCUCUUAGAUGUGGGGUCGCUGUUUGGGGGCACCAUAUGGCGGGCCGAUGGGCUCUGCUGUCUGGGGCUGGUUCCCUGGCCUGCGUAGUGCAGGUGGCAUCCUCAGCGCUGGGAUGAGGGCAGGUAGGGGGUCCGUGUGCCCCCCUCGCACACGAGCCCCCGAGCUCCAGGCCGAGGCUCCGGAGGGGCUGCUCACCCGGUGUGCUUUCCCUCCAGGUGAAUGAGAAGAUGUAGCACAGCGGCAGCCCGGGUGACACCUGCUGGGAGCUUGGCGUGGACACCCCAGCCACCCCCAGCCCAGCCCAGCCAGAGCACCCUGCCCCUGGGCAUCCCCCCGGCCAUCCAGCCUCACCAUGUCCAAGAGAGGCACGGGCAGCCGGGCCAAGGGGGACAAGGCGGAGGCCCUCGCGGCGCUGCAGGCGGCCAACGAGGAGCUUCGAGCCAAGCUCACAGACAUCCAGAUCGAGCUGCAGCAGGAGAAGAGCAAGGUCAGCAAAGUGGAACGCGAGAAAAACCAGGAGCUGCGGCAGGUGCGCGAGCAUGAGCAGCACAAGACCGCAGUCUUGCUCACAGAGCUCAAGACAAAGCUGCACGAGGAGAAGAUGAAGGAGCUACAGGCCGUGCGUGAGACGCUGCUGCGGCAGCAUGAGGCUGAGCUGCUCAGGGUCAUCAAGAUCAAGGACAACGAGAACCAGCGGCUGCAGGCACUGCUUAGUGCCCUGCGUGAUGGUGGCCCUGACAAGGUCAAGACCGUGCUGCUGUCCGAGGCCAAGGAGGAGGCCAAGAAGGGGUUCGAGGUGGAGAAGGUCAAGAUGCAGCAGGAGAUCACCGAGCUCAAGGGUGCCAAGAGGCAGGUGGAGGAGGCGCUGACGCUGGUGAUUCAGGCAGACAAGAUCAAGGCCGCGGAGAUCCGCAGUGUGUACCACCUACACCAGGAGGAGAUCACCCGCAUCAAGAAGGAGUGUGAGCGGGAGAUCCGCAGGCUGAUGGAGGAGAUAAAAUUUAAAGACAGAGCAGUCUUCGUGCUGGAGAGAGAGUUAGGGGUUCAAGCCGGGCAUGCUCAGAGACUGCAGCUCCAAAAAGAGGCUCUAGAUGAGCAGCUGUCCCAGGUCCGAGAGGCCGACCGGCACCCGGGCAGCCCCAGACGGGAACUUCCUCAUGCAGCCGGUGCAGGAGACGCUUCAGACCACUCGGGAAGCCCUGAACAGCAGUUGGAUGAAAAAGAUGCCCGGCGCUUCCAGCUUAAAAUUGCAGAGUUAAGCGCGAUUAUCCGCAAACUGGAGGACCGCAACGCCUUGCUGUCAGAAGAGAGGAAUGAGCUGUUAAAGCGUGUAAGAGAAGCUGAGAGUCAGUACAAGCCACUGCUGGAUAAAAAUAAGCGCCUCAGUCGGAAGAAUGAGGAUUUGUCUCACGCUUUACGCCGAAUGGAAAACAAGUUAAAAUUCGUCACCCAGGAGAACAUAGAAAUGAGACAGAGAGCCGGAAUCAUACGGAGACCCAGUUCCUUGAAUGACCUUGAUCAAAGUCAGGAUGAGAGAGAAGUCGAUUUCUUGAAGCUUCAGAUUGUGGAGCAGCAAAACCUCAUAGAUGAACUAUCUAAGACCCUUGAGACCGCCGGCUAUGUGAAGAGCGUGUUAGAGCGGGACAAGCUGUUAAGAUUCCGGAAGCAAAGAAAGAAAAUGGCAAAACUUCCCAAGCCGGUUGUUGUGGAGACCUUCUUUGGAUACGAUGAAGAGGCCUCCCUGGAAUCCGACGGUUCCUCCAUCUCUUACCAAACAGACAGGACGGACCAGACCCCGUGCACCCCGGAUGACGACUUGGAGGAGGGCAUGGCCAAGGAGGAGACGGAGCUGAGGUUCCGGCAGCUGACCAUGGAGUACCAGGCCCUGCAGCGUGCCUACGCCUUGUUGCAGGAGCAGGUCGGAGGGACGCUGGAUGCAGAGCGAGAAGUUAAGACCCGUGAGCAGCUACAAGCCGAAGUGCAGAGGGCACAGGCACGAAUCGAGGACCUGGAGAAGGCCCUGGCAGAGCAGGGGCAGGAUAUGAAGUGGAUUGAAGAAAAGCAGGCGCUGUACCGGAGAAAUCAAGAGCUUGUGGAAAAGAUCAAACAAAUGGAGACGGAAGAGGCUCGGCUUAGACACGAGGUGCAGGAUGCCAGAGACCAAAACGAGCUGCUGGAGUUCAGGAUCCUGGAGCUUGAGGAGAGGGAGAGGAAGUCACCCGCCAUCAACUUCCACCACACGCCCUUCGUGGAUGGGAAGAGCCCCCUCCAGGUGUACUGCGAGGCCGAAGGCGUGACUGACAUUGUGGUCGCGGAGCUGAUGAAGAAGCUGGACAUCCUGGGCGAUAACGCCAACCUGACCAAUGAGGAGCAGGUGGUUGUCAUACAAGCCAGGACAGUCCUGACCUUGGCCGAAAAGUGGCUCCAGCAGAUUGAGGAGACAGAGGCGGCACUGCAGCGGAAGAUGGUGGAUCUGGAGAGUGAGAAGGAGCUAUUCAGUAAGCAGAAGGGCUACCUGGACGAGGAGCUGGACUACCGGAAACAGGCCUUGGACCAGGCCCACAAGCACAUCCUGGAGCUGAAGCCAUGCUAUGUGGCGCCCCACCAGCAGGAGGCCGGGGCCAAGGUGGCUGAGCUGCUGUCGGAGGAAGAGCGCGAGAAGCUCAAGGUGGCCGUGGAGCAGUGGAAACGCCAGGUUAUGAGUAGGCUGCGCGAGCGGGUGCAGAUCCUGCGGGAGGCGCGCCCGGGCUGCUGCAGCUGGCUCAGUGGUUGCCACCGGUGUCUGGAGGAAGAUUUUCAGAAACAACAGAGCGUGACCCGUGACAAGAUGAAGGCUGGCAAUGAGCCGCCUGGAUGGCCUCACAGCGGGGGCAGGUGGACCAUCCAGGCCAUGCUGAGCCCCAAGCAGUUCCCCACAACAGGUCACAGAGAGGACUCCGGGCUAGGAGAAGGGGGCCUGGGGGCAGAGUCCCCCCACAGCUGCCUCAGUGACAUCUGGGACGUGGACAUGAGUGAGCCCAGCGUCCUGGAUGAGAGCCAUUUCCUGGGUAUUCUGGGGCUGGAGAGGUGA